CGUCCGGUCCUGGCGGAAGUCCUCCGCUGGCAGACCCGGAAGUAGCUGGACUGGGUGAUGGCAGUUCGUGAGUCCCCUCUCCGGGGCAGGCCCGAGGCCACCGUGCCUCCGCGGUAGACCGGACCAGGGUGGCGGGCACCAGGUCCUGAGGAAUGGAGGGAUCUAAGACGUCCAGCAGCACCAUGCAGGUGAGCUUCGUGUGCCAGCGCUGCAGCCAGCCCCUGAAACUGGACACGAGCUUCAAAAUCCUGGACCGUGUCACCAUCCAGGAGCUCACAGCUCCAUUACUUGCCACAGCCCAGGUAAAACCAGGAGAGACCCAGGAGGAAGAGGCUAACUCAGGAGAGGAGCCAUUUAUUGAAGCUCGCCAGGAUGGUGUGUCUCGCAGAUUCGUCCCCCCAGCCAGGAUGAUGUCUACAGAAAGUGCCAACAGCUUCACUCUGAUCGGGGAGGCAUCUGAUGGUGGCACCAUGGAGAACCUCAGCCGAAGACUGAAGGUCACGGGGGACCUUUUUGACAUCAUGUCAGGCCAGACAGAUGUGGAUCACCCAUUGUGUGAGGAAUGCACAGAUACUCUUUUAGACCAGCUGGACACUCAGCUCAAUGUCACUGAAAAUGAAUGUCAGAACUACAAACGCUGUUUGGAGAUCUUAGAACAAAUAAAUGAGGAUGACAGUGAACAGCUACAGAUGGAGCUAAACGAGUUGGCAUUAGAGGAAGAGAGGCUGAUCCAGGAGCUGGAAGAUGUGGAAAAGAACCGCAGGAUUGUGGCUGAAAAUCUUGAGAAGGUCCAGUCUGAGGCUGAGAGACUGGAUCAGGAGGAAGCUCAGUAUCAGAGGGAAUACAGUGAAUUUAAACGCCAACAGCUGGAACUGGAUGAUGAGCUAAAGAGUGUAGAAAACCAGAUGCGUUAUGCCCAGAUGCAGCUGGACAAGCUAAAGAAAACCAACGUCUUUAAUGCGACCUUCCACAUCUGGCAUAGUGGACAAUUUGGUACAAUCAAUAACUUCAGACUGGGCCGCCUGCCCAGCGUUCCUGUGGAAUGGAAUGAGAUUAAUGCAGCCUGGGGCCAGACGGUGUUGCUGCUCCAUGCUCUGGCCAAUAAGAUGGGUCUGAAAUUUCAGAGGUACCGACUUGUUCCCUAUGGAAACCAUUCAUAUCUGGAGUCUCUGACAGACAAAUCUAAGGAGCUGCCGUUAUACUGUUCUGGGGGGUUGCGAUUUUUCUGGGACAACAAGUUUGACCACGCAAUGGUGGCUUUCCUGGACUGUGUGCAGCAGUUCAAAGAAGAGGUUGAAAAAGGCGAGACACGUUUUUGUCUUCCUUACAGGAUGGAUGUGGAGAAAGGCAAGAUUGAAGACACAGGAGGCAGUGGCGGCUCCUAUUCCAUCAAAACCCAGUUUAACUCUGAGGAACAGUGGACAAAAGCUCUCAAGUUCAUGCUGACGAAUCUUAAGUGGGGUCUUGCUUGGGUAUCCUCACAAUUUUACAACAAAUGACUUAAUUUUUUUCCUUAGGGUGGAUGCUUGCCUUAAAGGCUUUAAAUUUUGUUUUGUUUGCAAAUAAAUGUUUUAAACUAA